AUGGCUGAGAACGGUUUUAAGAUGCUGGGAACUAUGGUCGGUCCGAAGAAAGCGAGGGAAGAAUUCCUGAAGAGCAAGAUGGAGAGCGAAGUGAAGAAGAUAGCCAGACUGAAGGAUCUACCGAACCAACACGCCCUGCUGCUGCUACGCUUCUGCAUUCAACAGAACCUGCGCCACCUCCAACGCAGCCUCAAGAGCGACGAUCUGAAGGACUACUGGGAGAAGAUGGAUCAGGAAUUGUGGGACGAAGUGCAGAGAAUGAGGACAAGGCAGACAGAGGGCACCGAGGCCGAGAACGCGUUAGGAAAGAAGCUGAGCCAUCUCCCAGCCCGUUUCGGCGGUCUAGGUCUCCUCUCAUUCACCGAUGUAGCUCCCCUAGCUUACAAAGCGGCAGCAGCGCAAGCAGACAAGCAUCUGGCCAACAUCUUCGGCCUCGACCUCCCAGACGAAGCUCCUACACCAAGCCAACGCGAACUCUGCUCCUCCAUGUGGGAGCAUCAGCAAACAACCAUCCUCGAAGGCCUGAAUGACCCUGCACGCAAGAGACUCAUAGAAAAUGCAUCCAAGAUCGGCAAGCGUUGGCUCAACGUGAUUCCCUACUUCCAGCCACUUCGUCUAUCCAACCAAGAGGUCGCAACCGGCCUCCAUGAUCGAACACUGGUCGGAUCUUCAAUUGCCAUCUGCUCCUUCUGUGGUUCCGACUCUCCCCUCGGCCACGACGAACUUUGCCGCUCCAGAAACUCCUGGGCUCAACGCCGCCACGACUCAAUCAACAGAAUCAUCCACCGUGGGCUGCAGAGCGUCGAGGGGGCGGUGGUUUCGCUGGAGCCGAGAACUCUCGAAGGGCAGAGGCGCAAUGACUUACGGGUACGAGGCAGGUGCGGGCUCCAUGCGACUGACUACGACCUCAAAGUAUACUGCCUCAAUGAUCGGGAUGCUAGAAGCACGCUUAGCGCAAAACUGCCCUCUACUCCAGUCGCCACGCAUGUUCUCAAUCGCUGCCUUUCCUGGCUCGACAAAGUCAGCGAAAUUGCAACCAAGAAGGCGCCGGCAACCCACGCAGGAGUGUUCAAGGCGGUGGUAAUGUCGACAGGCGGUUUGAUGAGCAGAGAGACGGCGGACGAGAUGAGGAAGUGGAGGAGGGAGAUGGGUCACAUGGCGUUCGAAGGGAUGAUGAGAAAGAUGAGUUUGGAGCUAGUGAGGGCAAGGGCAAGGACGUUCGCUAUGUGA